CAAGGCGUGGAGCUGGAUGAACACAGCAGGUCAGGCAGCAUCAGAGGAGCCGGAAGGCUGACGUUUCAUUCCUCCUCCAGGGCGGGGGACCGGAAUGGUCUGGGUGUACACGUGCCCCCACUUCUCAUCUGGGCGGUCCGCAGUGAUUUCUGGGAUUGUAGGGGGUGGAGUCUUCACCCCGGUCCUAGAGUCACGUGUCCUUCCCCUUCCCCCGGAAGGUUGCGUUGCGGUUUGUGGGCGGGGUCGUCGCGUGACCUCGUUCCCCCUGUCCGUGGGGGCAGGGGUUUCCAUGGAGACGCCGCGGUGCGGGCCGUUGCGUGGGUUCGGGAGUGACGUCUUGCAGCUCCAGGGGUGCCGACGCAGUCGGUGGGCGGAGUCUUGUCUUAGCCCCGCCCCUUCCGUAACCGGGCGGUCUCUGUUUGCGAGAGGCCGUGUUGUUAAGGGCGUAACCCUUAUUUUCUGAGCGGCCUUCGUGGGGGUCUGGUUUUUGGUGGGAGGGGGGAGACCACUUGACGCUCCACCUCUGCGGUGUGCAUUAGGACGGGAACCACGUGACCCCAUGUACCGGGGCCAUCUUCAAUGGGACGGGAAGGGGGUGCCACGUGACCCCUAUACCCUCGAGCGGUCUCCCUGGGGACGGCCUGACAGGGCUGGUACCGGAGUAUCAUGUGACCCCUUUACCAGGUGCGUCUCGAUGGGGCGGGUACUGGCGUAUCACGUGACCCUUUUACCUGGGUUGUCUCCCUGGGGACGGACUGAGAGGGCGGGUCCCGGGGUAUCACGUGACCCAUCCACCUGGGUGUGUCUCCGUGGGGGCGGCCUGGCGGGGGCGGGGCUGAGAACCACGUGAUCCGUUACCUGGGAUGUCUCCAUGGGGACGGCCUGACGGGGGUGGGGCUGAGAAUCACGUGACCGAUACCUGUCGGGCCCCGGGAGGCUCCAGGUGAGUCCUUAGGCCCCGCUUCCCGGAUCUUGUGUCGCUCUGUCCCCUUGGUCCUGCUGCUAUGGCCUCGGGUACUUCCGGAUCGGCCUAUUCCCAAUCCCAAUCCCAAUCCCGUGCCCAUUCCCAUGCUCCCGCGGGCUCCGGUGCCCACCACCCGGCCGCCCUCAGCUCUUCCGCCUCCAAGACCAAGACCAAGAAGAAGCAUUUCGUGUCGCAGAAGGUGUCGGUUUUCAGGGCCGGGAGCCCCCUGGUCAGCGUCUUCAUGUGGGGGGUCAACCACUCGAUCAACGAACUCAACCAUGUCCCGGUGCCAGUGAUGCUCCUGCCUGAUGACUUCAAGGCCAACAGCAAAAUCAAGGUCAUUAAUCACCUCUUCAACAAGGAGAAUCUGCCCAGUAACUUCAAGUUCAAGGAGUACUGCCCCCAGGUCUUCAGGAACCUCCGGGAAAGAUUCAACAUUGAUGACCAGGAUUAUCUGGCGUCAAUGACCCGUAGUGCCCCGUACAGUGAGAACGAGGUGCGGAACACUGUGCUGUUCCUGAGCAGCUACGACAAGAAAUACGUGAUAAAGCAGAUCUCCAGCGAAGACGUGGCAGAAAUGCACAGCUUUCUCUCGGACUACCACGAGCACGUUGUGAACUGCCAUGGGAACAUUGUCCUGCCCCAUUUCCUGGCGAUGUACCGGCUCACUGUUGACGGUGAGGACACCUACAUCCUCGUGAUGCGCAACGUCUUCAGCUACAUGCUCACCGUCCACAGGAAGUACGACCUGAAGGUGAGCGAGCGACCUCAGCCCCCACACACUCUCCCUGAUCGACUCUGUGCGAUCAUGCCCCGCCAAUCCAUCUCCCCAUGCCUUCCGACCAUGAGUGCUGAGCCUCGGGCAAUGUGUCUGGGUGUGAUCAUAGUCUCUCUGCCUUUAGAUAACAAGGUGUAG